CCUUUGGUGUAACGUUGCCCUAGCAGAGGUCGCGCACAAAAGAAGGGUCUUCUAUCUAGGUUUUCUAUUCCAUUGUACGUCAAAGCUCUUUCUUAUUUCCAGAUGCAACAACGGCUUCUACUUCCCUUUUUGUGCAUCAACGUGAAUAAUGGCGACAUAUGCUACAAUGAAGCCCACAAAGCUCAGCUUGGAGGAGCCUCGGGACCAGAUCCACAAGUAAGGUUCACUCUUUCCUCCUUGCACGUCAAAAACCUCAAGAAAGUUUGUGCGGACUUGGUUCAUGGUGCAAAGGGCAAGCGGCUCAGUGUUAAGGGACCUGUCAGGAUGCCCACUAAGGCUCUUCAUAUCACUUCCAGGAAGUCCCUUUGUGGUGAAGGUACCAACACAUAGGACAGAUUUGAACUUCGUGUGCACAAGAGAGUGAUUGACCUCUACAGUUAAGUUUUACCAUACCCCCCUACAACUCCUCUCCCUCCC